AUGAGCUUCUCCCUGAAGCACAUACCAUGCCCGGCCGGCAAGACCUGCACAGCAUUCCAAUGUAUCUUCGGUCAUAACGAAGAAAAGGCUCCCGAAACCAAGGAAUCUGCACCGACAUCCCAAAAAGACCCAGCAACAGCAUCCCGUGAGCGCUCACCACCCAGCCAACAAACACCUCGUAAGCGUAUGAAAAUAGAACAAAGCGAAGCUUCCACCGCAUCUCAACAACCUCCCCAAGCAAACGCUUCUCACGGCCACACCAACAAAGACGGCAGUCUCAGGACGGUGCCGCACACUGCCACCAGGCCCGUGUCACCACCACCACUUCAGCGCAACUCGAAAAGAUCCGACACAAAGGCCAGUCCAUCUUCAGCACGGCAGCAAUCUUCCAACAAAAAAGAUUCAAAACACUCCGUCACCCCAAACAGUAAAGCCGUGCAUGAAGCAACGAAAAAGAGGAAACCAGAGUCUCUGAAUCCACGACUGCUCAAAAGCUCUCCUGCCAGUCAUGAAACCCGUUUGAAACUUCUCAAGAUGAUCCAUCAAGAAUUUACUCGACUCAACGGGGAGCUUAAAAAGAGCGGAAAACCAGAUGAAACGAUACUGCUUCUGUCGGACCAGGAUCUUAUCUUCAAGGCUCUGGAUGAGGAGCAGGCCACGGCGUUGCAGAAGCCAGCGGUAUACACGAAUGUUAUGAAGAACAAGGUCAUGCAGUACAAGAGGAUGAAUGUGUCUCAAUGGAAGGAACAGCAGAUCAAAGAGACUCCUCAGCCAGAAGCCAAACAAAACGGGGGUAACAUACCCAAGGAGAUUGUGACGGGACUCACAAACGCCCAAGAAGUGGAGCUGCUGAAGAGAAUCCCUACGAGCAUAGACGACCUCUCCAAUCACGGCUAUGUUUCUUCCAUACCAACCGAGGAAGUUAUUGAAACGGCGCGUACGGGACUCGACGCCGCCAAGGGGUGGGAAAAGUGUGACCGCUGUCAGCAACGUUUCCAGGUUUUUCCCGGAAGACGACCGGAAGAUGGAGCACUUGCAUCUGGAGGCGCAUGCAAUUUUCACUGGGGGAAGACGUACGUUCCUGAAAAAGCACCCGGCGAUACGACCCGAGUUCCAAAACGUUACCAGUGCUGCAAGCAGGAAGUAGGCGACUCGACAGGCUGUUCCACCCACGACAGCCACGUCUUCAAAGUGGGUGAUCCAAAAAGACUAGCAGCAGUGCUCAACUACGCUGCUACGCCGGAAAACUCCAAUGUUCCCGGCGACAGAGCCGUUUGCUUCGAUUGCGAAAUGGGUUACACCGUCCAUGGAAUGGAACUAAUACGACUCACUGCAACGUCUUGGCCAUCAGGGGAAGAGCUUCUCGAUGUACUUGUCCAGCCUAUCGGUGAGAUACUCGAUCUGAACUCUCGAUAUUCAGGCGUUUGGCCAGACGACUUGGCUCACGCCCAACCGUGGACACCACAUGAUCCAGUUCCAUCCAAGAACGGAACCGACAAGGGCAGCGAAAGCGAUUCCAAGUCCAAGAACCUCAAAAAGGUGUCAUCGCCAGAGGUUGCGCGCGAUCUCCUAUUCUCACUUCUGUCCCCAUCAACACCAUUAAUAGGACAUGGCCUAGAAAACGACUUGAAUGCCGUGAGGAUAGUUCACCCUACGUUGAUAGAUACGGUGUUGCUAUACCCUCAUAAAUUCGGCUUGCCGUAUCGCUACAGCUUAAAGAUGCUCAUGGAUGUUCAUUUAAACAAGAAGAUUCAACAAGAAUCGGGACCCAAAGUCCUGGGUCACGAUUCUGCAGAGGAUGCCAGAGCUGCGGGGGAGUUGGUGCGGUUGAGAAUCAUGAAUGAGUGGAAGGAUAUGCAGAGGGCAGGAUGGACGUUGGUGGAUGGGCAGUUUUGGCCGCCUGGUAAGCCAGGUGCUUUGACAGAGGCGUUUAUUGAGAAACAAUAG